UGACUUUAUUGAGCCAUUUGGACUACAUUUCCUGGACAACGUCUUGAACGCAUGCAGCUGAGUAUGACUCCAGUGGUGACAGAAAAACUUGUCCAGUCCAGGAUCUGCAACGCUUCCACUGUGAGUGUGGCAAAAUUAGUUAGGUGGCUUGGCUCUGGAUCUCCAACCUCCAUCAGAUCUGCUGCCUUUGCUGACCUCCAUACAGCUGGUUCCAUCCUGCCAUCACACAGCCCUUAUGCAGUGAUCCACUCCCUGAAUUUUUUCUUCACUGCAUCGUCUCAAGUCCCAAACUUCCCAGAGUUUGUGGUUGUUGGUUUGAUUGAUGACGUCCAGAUUGGUUACUAUGACAGCAACACCCAGAAAGCAGAGCCCAGACAGGACUGGAUGAGGAAGAAUAGUGAGCAAGACAUUGAGACAUGGACUCGAAUCGGUCUGGGUGAACAGCAGGACUUCAAAGCCCUCAUUGAAAAUCUAAAGCAGCUCUUCAACCAAACUAGAGGUGUCCACAUUUUCCAGUUCAUGAGUGGCUGUGAGUGGGAUGAGGAGACUGAACAGGUUACUAGCAAUGGAAAGUUUGGCUAUGAUGGAGAAGACUUUGCAAAAUGGGACACAAGGACAAACACAUGGAUCCCUGUAAAACAACAGGCUAAAGGUUUAACAGACAAAUGGAACAAUAACAAAGCUAAGUUGGAGUUUGAUAAGAACUACAUCAACCAGAUUUUUCCUGAGUGGCUGAAGAAGUAUGUCGGCUAUGGAAGGAGCUCUCUGAUGAGAACAGAUCUUCCAUCAGUUUCCUUUCUCCAGAAGACUUCCUCCUCUCCAGUCAGCUGCCACGCUACAGGUUUCUACCCGAACAGAGCUGAGAUGUUCUGGAGGAAAGAUGGAGAAGAGGUUCAUGAUGGUGUGGACAAAGGAGAGAUCCUCCCUAACAAUGAUGGGACCUUCCAGAUGAGUGUGGACAUAGAUCUGUCCUCUGUUGCAGCUGAAGACUGGACCAAGUAUGAAUGUGUGUUUCAGCUCUCUGGAGUCAAAGAAGACGUCACCCACAGACUGGAGAAAACAAGGAUCUUGACCAAUGAAUCAAAUACCAUCAAUGUGAUCAUCUCUGUUGUUGUUGCUGUGGUUCUCCUUGGUCUCAUUGGUCUGAUUGGAUUCAUUAUUUACAAGAAGAAGAAGAACGUCAGCCGUUCUCCUCCUCCUGUGGAGAACGCUAAGGCCCCAGAGGAAACCCAGUUUCUUCCAGAACCAUGAAGAAACAGAACCAGGACAACACAAAGAAUGUGGUGCUUCACUUUUCCAAAAGAUUAAUGGCUUUCGUGUCUACAAGACUUUCCGUUUCUGCUCUCGGUGGAGGAGGACGCUUCUCUCAGACUGAAAUGUUAAGGGAGCAGAAUCGCAAACUGGAUGUGAUCCUACAAGAUCGCAGGCUGGCUGCGGUUCCUGGACUCAGAAGU